CGGAUCUUCCGCUCAAACGCCUGGUAGCCGGCACUCGUCCAAUCAGAGCGGUCCGCGCCUUACGCCGGUUCGCGCGCGUUUUAUCAAAAACGCGAUAUUGUUCCCGGGGCGGUGCUCAGUAAUUGACAAUAAAUAACAACAACAUUACUUAAAACCGUUUAGUAAUCGACUGUUGUCACAAAGUACUGGCGGACUUGGCACAACGAAUACAUCCUGCGUGCAGAUCAGAAUAGCGAAUAAAUAAACAUUAAAUUAAAAAGACAAAAACCAGGUCCGGUUUAGUUCUCUUGCCUCGUUUCGAAACCAAAGAGAUACAAAAUUUAUUGGUUACGCGAAGUUCAUUUGUAUUAUAUUUAUGAGUUUUAAUUUCGUUUAAGCUGUGUCUGAAAAAAUCAGAAGAAUUAUUUACUUUUAUGAUGAUUAUUUAAAAUUUUCACACAAGAAGCGAGUCGUUGCCUGAUACUGAGUGUUAGUGAAAUAUCAUUCAAACCUUUUAUUCUCUUGACCAUGGCGCUUCAUCGGCUGUUGGCGUUGAUGACGACCAUGCAUUUGGCAGGUGUACUAUGCAAUGUAGAAAGUACAUUUGACGAAAUCACCCCUCAAAUUUACGAACCAUCAUGGAUGUAUAAGUGCGUGCCGGAUGAAGGAUGUCAGCGUAGUGAACAUCCUAGGCCGACAUUGUCCGACAACUCAACGUCAGCUUUCUUCGAUUCGCUUGACGUGUGCCGUAUAGUCUGCGGAAGGUUCGGCGGAAUCUGGCCUAAGCCGGUUACAGCAGCGCUGAGCUCGCAGACUGUGAAGAUCCACCCUAAUUAUUUGAGAUAUGAUCUGCUCAACGUGCCUGCAGAAACUAGGGAGCUAUUAGUGGAAAUGACGCAAGUGAUAAGCAACAACUUGUUGGCUGAGUGCGGAGGACACGUCACUGAGGUGGUGGACACUCAGGUCGUUGUCAUCAUCGUGGUGAAGACUGCCAUCACUUCGUUGAAUUGGAACACUGACGAACAAUACAUGCUGGACGUACAAACCAGAGGAGGAGAAGUCUCUGUCCAUAUAGAAGCAGAAACCAUUUACGGAGCUCGUCACGGCUUAGAGACCUUCUCUCAAUUAAUAUCGUCAGACAAACGUGACUUUUCUGAUGUGGAACAUUGCGGUUUGGUCCUCGUGUCCGGUGCUAAGAUUCGUGACAGACCGAUCUAUAAACAUAGAGGCUUAGUUCUAGAUACUUCUAGACAUUUUAUACCGAUGGUCGACAUUAAAAGAACUAUCGAUGGUAUGGCGACAACAAAAAUGAAUGUCUUUCAUUGGCAUGCCACCGAUUCUCACAGUUUUCCUUUGGAAGCGAGUCGGGUGCCACAGUUUACAAGAUAUGGCGCCUACUCGGGCAGCGAAAUGUACACGACGGAAGAAAUUCGAGAGUUGAUACAUUACGCGAAGGUACGCGGCAUUCGAGUCGUCAUUGAAAUAGACGCGCCGGCGCAUUCAGGAAACGGAUGGCAAUGGGGAAGGGAAUACGGCUUGGGUGAUUUAGCGGUAUGCGUUAACGCGUACCCCUGGAGACAUCUUUGCAUCGAACCUCCUUGUGGUCAACUGAAUCCAGCGAACCCUAACAUGUACCGGGUGCUGAGGAACUUGUACCAAGAUGUUGCGGAUCUGCUGAAUUCACCGCCAUUGCUACACAUGGGAGGAGACGAGGUUUACUUCGGGUGCUGGAACUCGAGCCAAGAAAUUAUCUCGUACAUGAAAGACCAAGGAUACGAUACGACGGAAGAAGGUUUCAUGAAGUUGUGGGGCGAAUUCCAUAACAAAGCCCUUCAAAUUUGGGACGAAGAGAUUUCCGCGAAAGGACUGGACCCACAGCCCGUGAUGUUAUGGUCUUCGCAACUGACACAGGCUCAGAGGAUCUCGCAACACUUGGACAAAGAAAGAUACAUCAUUGAAGUUUGGGAGCCUUUGAACAGCCCGUUAUUGACCCAACUCUUGAGGCUCGGCUAUAGAACUGUUUCAGUACCGAAGGACAUUUGGUAUUUGGACCAUGGCUUCUGGGGCAGAACGGUAUAUUCCAAUUGGAGAAGGAUGUAUGCUCACACUCUACCACGGGACGAAGGCGUGUUAGGCGGUGAAGUGGCCAUGUGGACGGAGUACUGCGACGCUCAGGCCCUAGACACCCGAGUAUGGCCGAGAGCGGCUGCAGUGGCGGAGAGGCUGUGGUCAGACCCGACGUCCACAGUGUACAGCGCAGAGCCGAGGCUACAGAGGCUCCGGACGAGACUGAUAGCCCGGGGCCUGAGGCCCGACGCCAUGUCCCCGGCGUGGUGCUCCCAGCACGACAGCAAAUGUCUUUGA